AAAGAAGAACUUGAAGAACUUACACUAUCAAUUAAGAGAACUGCAAACAGAGUCCGAAAUAAGCUGAAGAUUAUAGAACAAAGCAUUAAAACGGAAGAUGACGAAAACCAAGGUUCAGUAGAUUUAAGAAUACGCAAAACUCAGCACUCGACUCUAUCCCGAAAAUUUGCAAAUGUGAUGACUGAGUACAACGAGAUUCAAAUCUUGUUCAGGGAGCGCAGCAAAGGACGAAUUCAGCGGCAGCUUGAGAUCACUGGAAAAACAACCACUGAUGAUGAACUGGAAGAGAUGCUGGAAAGUGGUAACCCAUCUAUUUUUACAUCUGAUAUCAUAUCGGACACGCAGAUCACCAGACAAGCUCUUAAUGAGAUUGAAUCACGACACAAAGACAUUAUCAAACUGGAAGCAAGCAUACGAGAGUUGCACGACAUGUUUGUGGACAUGGCCAUGUUAGUGGAACAGCAGAGGAAGGACCCCUCUUUGCUUUCUGGAGGUCCAAAUGUUCACAUCCACGAGUUGGUCAGCUACCUGGGAACCAGUCAGCUGCUUGUUGCUGGCCAGAUCUCCCUUUGUGCAGUCAUUUCCCUCACUGUUUGAACAAGCAGCAGUGUGAACAGCACAUGUAAUAAGUGUUGGUGUCCUGAUUUUAAAAAGUGCUGCAAUCCUUUCCAUAAUGCUUCAUUUUAGAAACAGCCCUUUUCCAUUUCAGCCCACAAUAAAAAGCACAGCAAAAUAAAAACCUAGGUGCAAAAUCUUAGGUGUAAAGUGAAAAAUCAAGAAAUAAAGUUAAAAGUUUUAAAUUUAUGUAGAACUAUGUUUAAUGUUGACAUGGCGCAGGAUGAUGCAGUACAGAACUAUGGGAGGGGAAUGGAAAAGACCAGCGAGAAUAAUCAGGUACAUGGUGAGGGCAGGAAAGAUUCAAUGGCAUAGUAAUGAUGAAAGGCAAGGAUGGGGCAAAAAAAUGAAUUCACAGGAGGUGUAAAUGGUUCCAGAAAGUUGGAGAACAAAUUAAAACUUGGGGUCACAUUUGCUGACUGAACUAGAAUAUUUAGCACAGCAUUGAACUGUAGCUUCUUUGCAUUUACCGCUCCUGCCAGUAUGUGGCAUUACUGUAUGGAUUAGAAUGCUGUAUCCGUUUGGGGAACUUUGGUUUCACUUAAUUAGCAUCAACAGCAAAAUGAAGGGUUAGGUGACCAGGAUUGGUAUAUUUUUAGAAAACUGGAUUGUUUGAUGCAGCUUCAGUUCUUUUCCCUGCUUUCUUUGAAAGUGUGUUUCUUUAAGAUAAUAUCAGAACCUGUCUUGUAACCUCAGUGGUGUUUGUUUUAGCUCUGCUUUAUCCUAAGGAUCUAUCAAGUUUUCCUCCUUUCACAAAAGAAAUGUAUUAUCUAAUGUAUUAAGUACUGCAUCAUCCUGCGCCAUGUCAACAUUUAACCAUGCCCUAUUUAUAUAGAUGUUUCUUUAUAAAUGUGGAAAAUGGCAUUGGAAGUCUAUAAAAUAAAGGCUGAUGUUGCUGUUUCCUCUGGCCUCUACCCUGCUUCACUUUAAAAAUAUUUGGUCUUUUCUCACAUCUCUGCAACAUUGCACAGGAUUGACUUGUUGAAAGUUAGUUUUCUCCUUAACACUAUUUCUUGGAAUUAGGUUUUAUUGUCAUGUGUGCUCAAGUACUAGGAUACAGGAGUACAGUGACAAGUAUGCAAAGUCACCAUUCUCCAGCAUCACCUUAGGUACAACGGAACCUAGGUGCAAAAUCUUAGGUGUAAAGUGAAAAAUAAAGAAAUAAAGUUAAAAGUUCAACAUAGCAGUUCUUAACUGCUUAGCCAUAGGCCUGGAUCUGGGCUCAUCCACCCUGACACUGAGAUUUUCUGAUGCAAUUAUAAUUUUUUUGCGCAGCUUGUCACCAUGAGCCCUGCCAUGUUAUGCUUUCAAUAAUGGAAUGAGAAUCAACUCAAGAUCAGCACCAGUUUUCCCUUUUCCAAGGAGCUUCUGCUGCAAAUUAAUUUGGGUGUUUGACACAUAACACAGUUGUCACCCUUAGCCCCCGAAUAGUUUUUUUGUUGAAGGUGUAACAAAAUAAAUGAGAUGUUUCUUCUUUUGCUAAUUGCUGCUGAUGGGACAGCUACACAGGUAACCAACAAAGUCACAUGAUUACAUCCAUUUCAUUGAUGGCCCUAUUGAAUCACUGUGACAUUUGUGCAGCACGUUGACAUCAAAACAUGAACUUACAUCAAUUUUGCACACAUGAGUUUGCACCCAAUACAAGAGAACAUGCACAGGAUCAAAAGUUGUGAUUUGUUUUAUUUUUACCUGAAAUUGCACUAUUACAAAUCUUGAAAAAUGGUCAGUGCACACCCACUUGUUUAGGAUUGUUCAACUCUUUGCACUAGCUUGCCUUCAGGACUGAGCAAGGUUGACAAUUUAUGCAUUAUACUCCUGGUAUAUCUUUGCCAAACUUACUGAGCAAUGUUUUGAUUCCUGUGCCUGUUAGUUCAGUUUCACAAUUAUUUGUUAUGCACUGGUAUCUUCUGUCUCUCUCGUGUCUUUUCAUCCACCAUGCUCCUGUAUUGCAUUGGCAUACUCGUUAAGAUACUGUGGAACUCUGAAAUUGAAAGAAAGUGCUGGAGAAAUUCAGCAGGUCUGAUAACCACAGCUAGUGUUCCGAGACCAUUCUGUGUCUCCGAGUCUGUAUGAUGAUAUUGCUGCCAGACUUGCUGAGUUUCCUCAGCACAUUGUUUCAUUAUUCCAGAGGUCUGACUUGAAGAAGCAAGAUGCUUAUUUAAACAGUUAUUCAUGCAACAUUUCCCACAACUGGACCUACAGAAUAAGUUACAUUUUAUGUUAAACCAUCAACUGAAGGUGUCAUUUAAAAUUUCUAUUCCAUUAUUUCAGCAACACAGGAAUUCCUAAUCUUUGCUCUGGUUAAUUUAUGAAUAUGUUCAAAACAAUGAAGGGAUUUGAUAGGGUAGAUACAAAGAAACUAUUUCCUGUGAGGAAGUCUAAAACAAGGGGACUAAGUGUUAAAUUUAAAACUGGGCCAGUGUGACCAAGGAACAACUUUCGCACAGGAGGUUGUAUAAAUAUAAAAUUGUGCAUUCCUAAAAGGCUGUGGAUGUCACUGGUCAGUUGGAAUAAGGUGCAGUUCCACCACUUUGGGUACCCUAAGGCUAGUUCUCACUGGAGUCUUGAGAGAACAGUUGAACGAUCAUGGAAAACUCACCAUGAAGGUAAGACCAGAGGCUGGGUCAGCUUCCUCCAAUACAUUUGCCUGUAAAGCCUGUCCACCAUCUACAACUACAAGUCAGGAGUGUGAUGGAAUACUCCCCACUUGCCUGGAUGAGAGCAGCUCCAUCAACACUCCAGA